AUGUCAGCCUAACAGAAAUAGAAAUCAAAUAAGAGUAAGGCUCUAUUCAAGAAGCCAUAACAUUUUCCUAGCAAUGAACCAUAGUUCAAAGAGGAACAUAGCAACUAAUAAAAAGGCUAAUAAAAUCCUGAGGAUAUACCAUUAGAUACUACUAAAGUAAAAUAAGUAGAAGGUUCUCUAUUCUUUAAGCAAACAGAGACCCAAAAAUAAGGAGGUCAAAAGUAAGAAGAUAUACAUGAGAAAUUAAAAGAUAAAAGUAUUGGUAAGGAAGAAUUUAAAGACGAAAAACCAGGAAAGUCUCGAUCACAAAAGAAAAGAGAGUAAAAGGCAAAAAAACUAAGCAAGUAGCGUGAAUAAGAAUUACAUUAAGAGGAAAAAUAAAAGCAUUAGCAAUAGGAAUCAAAAGAUAUGGCUUUGACCUCAGAAAAACUAUUAAAAGGAACUGAGAAUGAACCUAUUUUAUAAAAGGAAGAAGAGGAGAUUUACAGUAAACAGAGUUAAAAGAAUUAGAUUUAGGAAUCUCUUAAGGAAGCAAUUGAGCAGCAAAUUAAAAAAGAAUAAAAUAAGGAAUCAAAAGAGAGACCUCUUGAAAGAUAGUAGCUUUUAACAAGUAAAGAGAUUGACUAAGCUCUAACCGAAUCAAAUUAAAACAAGGAAUCAAAUGAUUCUAAGAAAGAAGAGUAAAAGUAGGAAUAAGAAUACAUAAGAUAAAUUAACUAGAAAUUGGAUAAGCAAGAGUAGAGGGAUUAAGAGAACUUGGAGCUUUUAUAAAGAAAUAUGAAUAUUGGUGUUUCAAUUGAAGAUCAAGAGGCUCAAAAAGAGAGAAAAGAUAGCCUUUCAAAAUAAGAAGCAGAAAAGGAACUAGAGUAACUUGAAAGUAAUAUACCGACAUUUGAAUAUGCUUAUGAUACUUCAGCUUAGCUAUCUGAUGUACCAACUCAUCUGCACCCUUCUCCUCCACCUGAGAAAAGUUAGUUCUUCAAGGAAGAAUCAGACUAACAAGAAAAUGAGGUCGAAUCUCAAUUCAGCAAGGUAAAGCUUGCAGAGUAAUAGAAAAUUUAAGACGAAUAAGAUAAAUACAGAGAAGAAUUAACUUAAAAGUUGGAGAAGUAAAGAGAUCUUGACUAAAAGGAAUAUAGUUCUUAAAAAUAAAUAGAUUAGGAAUAAUAAGUCUGGUAAGAUAGUAUGAAAUUAAAGAAUCCUGAGGAAGAAGGCAAAAAUGUCCUAAAUGAAAACAGGAAAUAAUUUAGUGAGUAGUAGUAUAGAAAUUUAUAGGUGGAGCCGGAGCUUUUUCUCGAUUCUCAAAUGCAACUUCAAAUAAAUAGAUAACUAAAUCUACUUUAGAGCUAGAAAAAGAACAUAAUGAAUUACUGUAACACAAUGAUAAAGGAAGGCCAAAAACUGAUGAAGCUAAUAUGUCUAGCUCUUUUAUAUAAGAUCCACUAGAUGCAAUACAGAAUGUAUCUUGAAAAUAAAAGGGAUGAUUUUCAACACGAAGAGAUCAUCAGAAUACUUGAGAAGUAAUAGUAGGAUGACAUGAUUCAUGAUAUUAUUAAUAGAGAAUACAAUAAGUUUUCAAAGACUAUACAAACAGGAUAAAAUAUAGAUUAAAGUUAAAGAACUGAGGAUCCAAGUUGCUAUAAUGAAAAAGGCUAAUAUGACCCUGAGUUAUGCAAUCUUGAUAUUUAAAGAAGAGACUGGGAAGGUCAAGAUAAUAUGAAGUAAUUUUCAGGAGGUAAGAAAUUUUAAAGCAAAUGA